GGCGGCGCCAGGCGCGGGAAGAUGGCGGCAGCGGCGGCGGCGGCGGCGGCCGAGCAGCAAAGUUCCAAUGGUCCCGUAAAGAAGUCCAUGCGUGAGAAGGCUGUCGAGAGGAGGAAUGUCAAUAAGGAGCACAAUAGUAAUUUUAAAGCCGGAUAUAUUCCAAUUGAUGAAGAUCGCCUCCAUAAAACGGGGUUGAGAGGGAGAAAGGGCAAUUUAGCCAUCUGUGUGAUUAUCCUCUUGUUUAUCCUGGCUGUCAUCAAUUUAAUCAUAACACUUGUUAUCUGGGCUGUGAUCCGCAUCGGACCAAAUGGCUGUGACAGCAUGGAGUUCCACGAAAGUGGCCUGCUUCGGUUUAAGCAAGUAUCUGACAUGGGAGUCAUACAUCCUCUUUAUAAGAGCACAGUAGGAGGAAGGCGGAAUGAAAACUUGGUCAUCACGGGCAACAACCAGCCUAUUGUUUUUCAGCAAGGGACAACAAAGCUCAGUGUAGAAAAGAACAAAACUUCUAUUACAAGUGACAUUGGUAUGCAGUUUUUUGACCCGAGGACUCAGAAUAUCUUAUUCAGCACAGACUAUGAAACUCAUGAGUUUCAUUUGCCAAGUGGAGUGAAAAGUUUGAAUGUUCAAAAAGCAUCUACUGAAAGGAUUACCAGCAAUGCUACUAGUGAUUUAAACAUAAAAGUUGACGGGCGUGCUAUUGUGCGUGGAAAUGAAGGCGUAUUCAUUAUGGGCAAAACCAUUGAAUUUCACAUGGGUGGUAAUAUGGAGUUAAAGGCAGAGAACAGCAUCAUCCUAAAUGGAACCGUGAUGGUUAGCACAACUCGCCUACCUAGUUCCUCCAGUGGGGACCAAUUUGGUACCGGUGACUGGGUACGCUACAAGCUCUGUAUGUGUGCAGAUGGAACUCUCUUCAAAGUACAAGUAACAGGCCAGAACAUGGGCUGCCAGAUCUCAGACAAUCCCUGUGGAAACACUCAUUAGAAGAACCCGCGAGGCCACCAAUAUGUUCAUAUCUUGACCUUUUUUUAAGAGUGUGCAUGCAAAUCAUGUUUUUAGAGAGUUUGCGAUAACUCUUAAUUUAUCCGCAGAGCACUAUUGUAUCUAUUAUAUGACCUCCAUAUUGAAAAGAUUCUCAGAGAGCCUAAAUUUUAGCACAUUUCAUUAAGUUGCACUGAUCUUCAAAUGGCAGUUCUCUAAAAUAAUUACCAGAAGUGAAUAGAAGCAAAAUUAAUCUCUAAAGAAGUGUUUUUAAAACUCCACUCUUCCUGGUCUAAAGGAUAACUCUUUAGGCCACUCACUAUAAGAAAGCUUUUGGUAACUAAUGGGGAUACACCCACUUAAGAUGGUUGAAAGGGACACCAUUAAUAAAUGUCACAUGCUCUGUCUUUUGGCUUCCGAGAAAAAAGACAGAUUUUUGAUGCAUUAAUUUUCAGCUAUAUUCUCAAUGCAAGUGAAGUCAUUAAAGAACUUCACAUAUGUGAGCUGGCAUGAAACUAUGGUUCCUUAGUUUUGUACCAGGAUGAAAAUACUCUGUAAUAGAAUGUUUACUUGUUAAAUACUAAUAAGUCGUGUUCACAGUGUGGUAGAAAUUGAAGCACCGUCUCAGCUUUAACUAGCAAACGAUGAUAGCGGUCAUCUACUGUGCAUCUUACACACCCGAGGCACUGUCCCAGGCAUCUUGUGUGUGCAAUCUCUAAUUCUCACCACAGCUCUGCAUGUAGGUGUUACUAUUCCAGUUUUACCCAUUAGGAAACUGAGGAUCAGAACAGUUAAGAAGCUUGCCUGAUGUCACAUGGAAAAGAGCAGGGUUGAGAUUGGAAUUCACAUGGGAUUCCAAUGAAAAUGUACCUGCUUCCAACUCCCAUGUUCUGUUCACUAUCUGCACUGAAGUCUUAAUUAUUUAAAACUCCAGAAAAAUGAAUGAAGAGUAAUUCAAACUUACCUAAGUAGAUAAGAAUCAAACAAAACAGUUAUGCUUACUCAGGUUUAAAAAUAAAUAAAAUGGGGGCGCCUGGGUGGCGCAGUCGGUUGGGCGUCCAACUUCAGCCAGGUCACAAUCUCGCGGUCCGUGAGUUCGAGCCCCGCGUCGGGCUCUGGGCUGAUGGCUCAGAGCCUGGAGCCUGUUUCCGAUUCUGUGUCUCCCUUUCUCUCUGCCCCUCCCCCGUUCAUGCUCUGUCUCUCUCUGUCCCAAAAAUAAAUAUAUGUUG